GUAUAACCAACUUCAUUCUUCCAGAACUCGUCAAAGAGUUUCUCAUCUACUUGUUUUUUACCACCUAUACCAACCAGACUAAUGUAUAUAUCAAUAUGAUUGUAUUCGAUGAAAUAGUCUCAGAGCAUCUGACUGAGAGUAGUUUGCCUGAUGAUAAAGGACUAUGCAAAAGAUCAACACGGUUCUUUUCCACAAAUUUAGUGAUCAUAUUCAGUCUUUCAUCUGAAAUAACAACAAGACUAUCACGACCUCUUUUGAUUCUGGAGGAUACUCUUUCUUUUUGUCUCAGUUUCUGUCCGAAUCUUCUAGUUUUUCCUGAUCGAAUAAAAGAAUGA